CGAUAGUUUUUCGCUACUACACACACAUCUAUAAAAAAUUGAUACAUAAAAUAAAAAAUAUAUAAAAAGUGAGUUAGUACUGGUUGAAAAGUAAUUUUUAAGUAACAAAUUGAAGUAGUGGAACUCCGCACAGCCAAAUAAUAAUUGGGCAUUGAAAAACGGCCGAUGGCGUGUCGAGUGCGAUCGAAUUAGCUUUUUCUGCACCCCAAAAAGUUGCUAUCCGUCAGAAUCGUGCACCUACUACACUACAGUUUUAGUCAGCCCGACCCGAAGUUGCUCCCAUGAAUAAAAAUGUUCGGUAAUUCACGCAGAUCUGUUGAAUCGCUGAGCCUACGGAGGAGUCACUAAGAAGAAGAGAGAGAGUUUUUGGAGCCGUGAAUUGUACAUACGGAAAUUGUGUGUAGAUUCUGGAACUCAGCUAUACUGGAGCAGAACGGAGAAAACACAAGGGGUGCCGAGUCACCCGACGCGAACCAGGAAAACCGUGCGACGUGUUGGUGGACCCCGUGGGCUGCGAUGGGUUGCUUUGGGUCUCCAACCUCGAAGCAGUCGGAUGUGAACCCGGAUGACCCGAAGAGCCAGAAGCGCCGGAGCGAAGCAAUAUCUAGACAGUUGCAGAAGGACAAACAGCUCUAUAGGGCCACACACAGGCUGCUCCUCCUAGGGGCGGGUGAGUCCGGCAAAUCAACUAUAGUCAAGCAGAUGCGAAUAUUGCACGUCGAUGGAUUUUCUGACUCCGAAAAGAAACAGAAAAUUGAUGAUAUUAAAAAGAAUAUUCGAGACGCUAUCUUGACUAUUACAGGAGCCAUGAGCACACUUAAUCCACCUGUAGCUUUAGAAAAGAAAGAAAAUGAACCCAGAGUGGAAUAUAUUCAGGAUUAUGCAUCUAGUCCGGACUUUAAUUAUCCUCCUGAAUUUUAUGAACAUACAGAAGAACUAUGGAAAGACAAGGGUGUUCUUCAAACCUACGAGAGGUCGAAUGAGUAUCAAUUAAUUGAUUGUGCGAAAUACUUCCUGGAUCGAGUAAGCACAAUCAAGAAUCCAAACUAUACCCCAAAUGAGCAGGAUAUUCUUCGGUGCCGUGUUUUGACUUCUGGAAUAUUUGAAACAAGAUUUCAAGUGGACAAAGUAAACUUUCACAUGUUUGAUGUCGGAGGACAGCGGGACGAGCGUAGAAAAUGGAUUCAAUGUUUUAAUGAUGUAACUGCUAUUAUAUUCGUAACUGCGUGCUCAAGUUAUAACAUGGUUUUGCGUGAAGAUCCCACCCAAAAUCGGCUUCGAGAAUCUUUGGAUUUGUUCAAGAGUAUUUGGAACAACAGAUGGCUUCGCACGAUUUCUAUUAUACUAUUUUUAAAUAAGCAAGAUUUGUUAGCAGAGAAAAUUAAGGCUGGAAAAAGUAAAUUGUCGGAAUAUUUCUCCGAGUUUAACAAAUACCAAACGCCAAUCGAUACAGGUGACGCAAUAAUGGAAUCCAAUGACGACCCAGAAGUAAUACGAGCAAAAUAUUUUAUACGAGACGAGUUUCUGCGUAUAUCUACCGCUAGCGGAGACGGUAAACACUACUGCUAUCCACAUUUCACAUGCGCCGUUGACACAGAAAACAUUAAACGGGUGUUUAAUGAUUGCAGAGACAUUAUUCAAAGGAUGCACCUUCGUCAAUAUGAAUUGUUAUAGGUUAUCCCCCAUCGCCGUAAUGCAAGUAAAUAAAAAUAUUAAUGACUUACUGUUUUAAAUAUAAUUAUCAAAUGUAAUUUGUAUUUAAAUAGUCCCUUGAUUAAAAAAAAAAUUCGCUGCAUUUAGAUCUGGUAUGACCUUUCACAAAACUCAACAUUAAAGAAUAAUAAAUAAACAUGUUAAUAACAA